CAUCAAGCAGGUUUUACAUCACAUAUCUGGGUUUCUCAAGGACUAGUUGAAGAGGCAAAAAAGGUAAAGCUCAAUGGCAAAAGUUGCAGCUUUUGUUUUGGUGGUUGCUUUUGUACUAUUCGUAUCAGCCUGUUCAGUAUUGGGUGAUAAUUCCCCUGGCAUCUAUGAACAAAUAGAAAAGUCUGGCCAGGAAGUGAAGGAGGCAAUAAAGCAAGCCUCCCCAACUUCCACUGGAAACACGCCGGAGGAUUCCAAGAGCACCACCACGUCUUGGGGCCAAUGGUUCGAGAAUAAAUUAGAGAACUUGGGAGUAAUUUCAGAGAAACCGCAGCCAGGACCAUCAGCAGGAGACGCGCAGGCACCUGCACCAAAUGCUGGACGUGCAUAUGCACCCACGGCUGAGGAUUUAGCUUAAGACAACAAUUAAUAUUCAUUUCAUCAAUUAUAAAUAUGAGGGAAUUUUCCAAUUCUAUUAAUUUAUUUGUACUGUAAGCAAUAAUUUUCCCAAGCAAAUUGCUUUACUCCAAUAAA